GCGUAGACAAGGCAGCUUGAGUUCAUCAAUCGUUCCUUGACAGUGAGUGAGGCUUCAACCAACUUCAACCAACCAAGGCGGGCAUCGUCAGUGGGAAGACCUCUGUCGACACCACACUUGCAAGGCCAUUCAUCAUGAAAAAGAGCGGCUGAGGCACACAGGGCACUCCACCGCCAUUACACUCAUCGCUCCUUCCUCACUACACCUACACGCAAAAAAUGGAAUAUACAUACAUAAGCAGAUACACGACGCAAUGCAUCCCUACUGACUUGACGCACGCUGAGGCAUGGCGUAUGCAGGUGUGUAGGUAUGGACCUCCGCGCCACACACGGGCCAAGACACACACACGCACGCACACACACACACACACGUGCGAGGACGACACGGAUGGGGCCGUUGAAAACUUCGCUCUCCGCUGGACGAAAGAGCGUUAGAACAAACACACACACACACAGUGCACACACAGACACAAUGGAGACACAGCCACACGUGCAUUGCAACACGCGCAGGCAUGAGUACGUACGCUUUUAUGUAUAUAUAUUACCGUUGUAAAGGCACCCAUCCAUCGGCCGACCGAGAUCGAUACUUACAUACCUACACCCAUGUACUAUGUAUGGCCCGUUCGUCAGACCACACAAGCACAAGAAAACGCCACGCGACGACACUAGCAGGCAGGCAGGUAGGUCUGCACUCCCUCCGUCGCAUCCGCCCUCCCUCCCUCCCGCCCUCCCACCCAGGCAGUAACACUCAAGCGGCCUGACUGACGUACACCAACGGCCCGCUCGACUAAUAGAAAAGGACGCCCGGCCCAUCCUACAUUCACCCAUUGCCCAUCGACUCAGCAUCUUCCUUACUCUCCCUGUCUGUGUCUCCCCCUCCCUCCCUCCCUCCCUGGCCCGCUUGACGGACCGGUCAGAGCCGUGACUGUGGGCUGCCUCCCUUCCUCUCUGGGUGGAGGAUGUACUGAAUGUGGCGGUAGUAACCCUGCACACCACACACACACACACACACACACAGACAGACAGACAAACACUCGAAUGUGCGCGUGUGGGUGUGAGGGUGUCAUCCAUCCAUCCAUCCAUUUUUCUCACCUCCGACACGUCGGUUUGGUUGAGGGGUUCGUAUUUGGUCGACUCGUAGAGCGCCUCGUACACGCGGCCGUCGUAGCGCCCCAGGGCCGAGUUGAGCAGGUUGUCCGGGAUGUUCCACGAGUCCGCUAUGGCCACGGCGUUCGGGCGCACCUCCUGCAGACACACAUCAAUCAAUUGGUUGAUUGAUUUUGAUUGGACAAACUGAGAAGGGAUCAGUGUGAGGGCGCGUCUGUCUGUCUGUCUGUCUGUGAGAAUGUGGUUGCUUGCCUUGAGGAGCUGCUUGAUGGUCUGCAGGAGGGGCAUGGCGUGGUCAGCCUUGAGCACACGGGCCAGCACAAACUCACCUACACACACAAACCGGUGCGUCCAUCCAUCCAUCCACACGCGUGUGUGUACCGAAAGUCUGGUCGAUCCAGUAGAGGGUGUAUAGGUCGGAGAGCGUCUUGAGGACGUCGAUGACGUUGGUGUCGAUGGGCGGUGUGUGGCUCUGCAGCUCCUGGAUCUUGUCCUGGAAGCACCGGUGCAGCACCACGUGCGCGUGGGCCUUGGUCAGCCGACACAUCUCGAUCUUCACGUCGUCCAACGCCCUCAUCUACACACACACACACACAGAUCCAUCCAUCCAUCCAUCUCUGUCUGCCUUUGUGUGUGUGUGUGUGUCCGCUGCUAACGCUGUUGUGUCCCUUCUGCGUUGCGGCCAUGAAGUCCUGAGCCGUGCCGUAGAUCAGCACAGACGCACUGCAUCACCCCACCCACCCACACACAAACACACAAACACACAAUGGAUGGACGGACGCACCCACAUGCUCACAAUCCUGCCUACCGUUUCUCCAGGGCCUGUUUCUGCCACUGGGGAUCCCUCCAGUCGACGGCCCCGGCCUCGCUGCCCCCCUCUCCCUCUCCCUGUUGGCCCAUGAAUGCCACGGGGUCGAAGUCGAAGAUGUACCUCAUGGUGGACUCGGGCGGCGGGGGGCUCUUGCCCUUCAUCUUGUGCUCCACCGCCUUGAGCAGCGAACGGCCCGUCUGGAUCGACAGCACCACAAAGUCACCCUGGAUGGAUGACACACAGACAGACAGACACCCGACACACAGACAGACAGACAGACAGACACCCGACACACAGACAGACAGACACACAGACAGACAGAUGGACGGAUGCAGGCAGGCAGGCAGGCAGUGACUGGUGGGGGUUUCCUUGCUUGCCUCGUAGGUGGCUUGUGGGAGGAACGAGGCGAAGUGGAGGGGCACGCCGGCGGCGUUGAGGAACCCGUGGCCGCCCAGGGCCUUGCGGCACGCCUCCAUUCCAUCCGCUGAUAUCAACGUCGUCGCCGCCUUGAGCGCUGUCGAGGCACACACACACGUAGAGGCAGAGACAGGGAGAGAGAGAGGGAGGGAGGGAGGGAGAGCAGAGUGUGGGUGGAUGUGUGUGUUGUUGAGUGGUACCUGAUGUGACGGCAUGGCAUUCGGGGAGGAGGGAGAAGUCGUUCUCCAUGCGAGCCUUGGCCUGCACAGACAGACAGACAGAUGGAUGUGCCAAGGCCCCUCCCUCGUUGCUGGCCGUGACCUACCAUCAUUUUGUUGUAGAGUGCGUGUGUCCAGAGGCCCGUGAAGUGCAUGGCGAACGCCGUCGCCAUCAGAGGAAAUAUCGUCAGCUGCUGAGUCGAGUAAUCCAACACCUGCACACACACACACACGCAUCACAUCACACUCGUGCGUGCCGCAAGGUGAGAGGUGUCUGCCGCCCCGCACCUGGCUCUCGGAGCCGCCCAUGCGCGCGGCAGCGGCCUCUGCGGGGUCGGCCUGUGUGGCGCUGUCCAUGUCCAUCUCCAUGGACGGGAACUGACGGCGAACCGCAGAAUAACGAGUCUGCCCUCACACACACACACAUCGAGGCAGACAGCCACAGACGGGGACACAACAGAUGGUGUGCGUGGUGUGGGUGAGCAGAGGGCUUACGGCGAUGAUGCAGGCCUUUGCGAGGUGCAGUCCUGCCCCCAUGACGAGCUGCUUGCGGGUGUAGGUCAUGGUGCCGUACAUCAUCUUGUCGUUGCCGAUCUUCUUGUGGUUGCCUUGCUUGUCCACCGACGAAUACCUUACCACACCACACACACACACACACAUUACACAAUAUGUAUGGCUCUGUGUGUGAGUGUGUGAGCGUGUGUGUGAAUGUGAGCAGGUCGUUCGUUGACCUGGCGAGCAGGUGUCGUCUGGGGAUGCGGACGUUCUCGAGCUGCAUGGCGCCGUUGUCCAUGCCGUUGUACCCCAGCUUCUGACCAAUGUCGAACAGAGUCACGCCUACACACACAGACACAGACACAGACAGAGAGAGAGACAGAGACAGGGGGAGGGGGGCAGUCGCACCGUACGACCGACUGCCCAUGUGAAUGUGUGUGUGUGUACCCUUGAUGGCCUCGUGUGUGUUGAGGUCCCGCACUUGAAGGAAAAAUGGAUGCGGGCCGUAGUCCUUGCCCCUGCACACACCAGCAACCGCAGCAGCAACAGCCAUGGCAGUGACACAGAGAGAGAGGCAGACAUGCCUCUGUGCUGUCCUGUUCUGAGCUUUUAUGUGUGGUGUGGGUGUGCACCUGAUUUUGAGUCUGGCCAUGCAGAUGCAGUGGGUGCACGACUUGGCCAAGCCGCCUGGCCACCAUUUGGUCGCCUGCACACACACACACACACACACAUACACAGCGUGUGUCGUGUUGAGCACAGCACGGCCCAUGGCUGGCGUGCUUGUGUCCCGACCGACCGCACCGAGAGCGACGGCGUGUUGAGCACCCACUCCUCCGUGCCUUCGUCGUAAUCCGCCGUCGUCUCAAGACCUGCACACAUAAACACACACAAAUGUACCCCCAUAGAGAGAGAGAGAGAGAGCGUCCGCACGGCUGUCUGUGUGUCUGACCGACCGGCGACGUUGGAUCCGUGUGCGAGUUCGGUUUGCGCGUAUGUUCCGAUGAUGCGGAAGUCGCGGGCCAGCGGCACCCACCAAUCGCACUGCUCGUCGUCGGCCAAGCUCUGAUACACACACAGACAUACAUACACAUACACAUGGGGUCGUCUCGGUCUGUCUGUAUGCCUCUGUGUGUGUGUGUGUGUGUGAGAAGCUAUCUAUAGCUAGACAGACAGACAGGUAGGUCUUUACCUGUAGGCAUGGCAGGAACAUGGUGAGGUGGAGGAGGAGGAAGAAGUCCUCCCCCACGGCCAGCUGCAUAAUCGUCAGCUCCUCGUCGCUCAUCUUGUACUGACGACACAACCUACACACCAAGCAGUCACACACACACACACAGACACAUAGACCUUCCCAGUGAGUGGCGAUCCGACCACACGCACAUACACACACCUGACGAACUCCUCGGCCCUCUCGCAUGCCCUCAGGUAUCGCUCGCUCCUGGGCAUCCACCACAGGUCACUCAAACGAAACUUCGGAUUGUGGCUGAACAGCUUGCGAAUCCUGCAGUCACACAUCAGACACACCACACGCAUCAAUCAGCAGGAGGAGGACACACCCACGCACACACACACACACACAUGCAUAUAACUGAGGGCCUCCGUCUUUUGACCGUUCGUCCGCCUGGGUAGGACAGGGCCUACCUAUUGAUUUUUUCGAGGUCGUAGGUGCCGUAGAUGGCGACGGUGAGGUCUGAGGUCCUGAAGGAGGCCCGCUGACGCUCGCGCUGCAGGUCGGGCACCACCGAAUGACGGUCAACCAACGUGGUCGGCUCCAUCACAGUACUGAGGCUCAUGCAGGACGCCUGUGCUGAACUACACUACGCAAGGGGGGGAGCGAUUCGGAAGGGGGGAG